AAACGUCUGCAGUAAAGCCCGACACAUUGUGUAAUUUUUAGAUACUGUUUUCUGAUUUUAGAUUGUGUUUAGAUGUAUAAAACCCCCUUAUUUAUCACCAGAAUAAUCUUUAAAGUCAGUUUAUCGGUACAUUAUAUGUUUGAGAGGGUGGGCUUGUUUUAGUUUUUUUUGUCCGUUAUUCUGUCGAUCAGCGUUUAUGGGGCGCGGUGGACGGAAAGCCUGACUAACUUUACUGAACUGACGUCUUUUUUAACUCAUACACCACCACCAACAACAUGAAGACAAUCUCUUUCCUCUUUAUCAUCUUUUCAUUUAUCAACGGUGCUGUGACAGAGUCAGUGAAAGUGAAUUUGGGAUUUUCUGUCACUCUUCACACUAAUACUGUAAUACAGAGUAAUGAUGUGAUCGAGUGGAGGUUUAGAAAGGAACCCCUGGCUAAAGUGGACAGAGGUUCAAUCUCAGUGUUUAACGGCUCUGAUGGGACAUUUAGUGACGGACUGAAGAUAAACAAUCAGACUGGAGAUCUCACCGUCACAGACAUCUCAAUUUAUACCAUUGGAGAGUAUCAUCUACAGAUCACUGGAGAGAAAAGUACAACAAAGUCAUUCAGUGUCAGUGGUCUCUUUGGAUUUACAGCUGAUGUGACGUCAUUGUCAGUGAUGGAGGGAGAUUCUGUGAGUCUGGACGCUGGUGCGCCUGAUAAUAGAAACUAUGAUGUGAUUCGCUGGAGGUUUGGAAACUCUCCUCUAGCUGAACUCGACAGAAAGACUAAAAUCAUCUCAACACAUGAUGAUGUUCAUGAUGAGAGAUUUACAGGCAGACUGGAGCUGGAUAAUGAGUCUGGAGAUCUCACCAUCGCAAACAUCACGACUGAUCUUUCUGGACUUUAUGAAGUCAUUGUCGACAGCAAUAGCGGAACACACACCAUACACCAGUCAUACACAGUUACUGUCAGUGGUGAGUACAUCAAGUCCUUCAGUAUGAUAAACAUCAGAUAUACAUGAUCGCUCUGUGAAUAACUCCUGUGAAUAACCGCAGUUAUACUGAUAUAAGGGUCAUUGCCUCACUACGAGCACUUAUCAUGUGGCGCAACCAAUAAUAUCAAUAAUUGUAUUUACUUCAAAUAAAAUAUAUCUCAUUUCUGUUGUUGAAAUAUAAAUCUCUGAUAAAGAACGCAUAAGUGAAAAAAUAACGUUUUUAGGAAAAACAAGUUUGUUACAUUUGCUAGGUUAAGAAGACAAAAUUAUACGACACAAAUAUAAGAUCUUUACUACCAAAACUCAAAAAAAUGCAAAUACUUUGUUUCUAAACACUUUAAAUACUGAUUCUUUUUUUAAGUGUUUUGAGACACUUUCUGUUUUACAGUAUGUUCACACUUAAUCUCGAUUAUAUAAAAGAUUAUGUGGUUUUUCACAGUUACAGGUUAGUUAUUUACAGUGUUACAACCCCUAGUUGUUUGUUUGUUUCCUUUCUUUGUGUGUGUGUUACAGAAAUAGAUGCUGUUCAUUGGCUCGUUGGUAAACACGAUAGUUGUUCUGAGGAGGCUUAAAAAGCUCAAUUCAUAGGCAAAUCAUAGCCAGCUUGCUCACUUUUUGUCCCGGGCCUGUCUUUUGUCAUCCACAUGGUGUCUGCUGUGUGUUCUUGUGUUUUUAAUAUGCCAGACUGUAUGUGACUUCUAAAAAGAUAUACACAUAGUCUUUUUGGGACAGUAGGGCUCCGAUGCCACCCUUUCUUUUAUUGUUUCCCCUUCGUAUUUGUUAAUGCAGGUAGGGAAGUGUUUUUGUAUAACCACCAUAAUUGAUUUUUUUCUCUUCUUUUACAAGUUGUGUAAGGUUGGAUAACUUGUGGGUUUUGUUUGUUAUUUUGGCGUUCCUGGAGUCAGAAAGUGGUGCCUAUUCGAUUUAUUUUCAAUGAAUCUUUUUCAUGAUGAACUUUGGGUCUGAGAUUGAAUUACACUGAUGUGUCUAUAUCAUUACAGCUCGAGAUCGAUCUUCAGGAGUGUCUUAAGGAGGAUCAUGUGUUGGUGUUCUGCUGGUUUUUGUGUCGUCACAGAUCAUCUAAAUCAAGAUCACAAGGAGGUAAGAAUCGACUGAAACAGCAUGUGAUGGUUUUGUUUGGGUUUUUAUUCAGAUAUUAAAAACACAAAUAUGUGUGCAUGCCCAUAAACCCUUAAAGCACCUUUAGUUUAGUUUAACUUUGGUCUUUAUCUUUGAUCUUAACACAUUAUUUCACAUGUUUUUGGGGGAUUGGAUGUGUUUCUUUUUUUCUUUAGCCAAGCUUAGAUGUAUUUUUUUUAUUUUUUAUAUACAGUGUAUAUAUAUGUUUUUGUUCAAAGAGGUUUCUUGCCACUCUCACUCACAGCUCAGACAUAUAAAGAAUUUGGGAGAUUGUCGUCACAUGUGAAACAGAAGUCGCUGCAAAUGCAAAUCUUGUAAUGUGGCUGUAGGCGUCUUGUAACCGGCAAGAGCGGGUUUGUUACAACAUCACAAUGUCAAAAAGACGCUCCAAAACAACACAAUUAUAGUUUGGCGCUGGAUCAUCAUUUGAUUUUCUCUCUCAUUUGUGUUUCUUUCAGAUAAUAACGGAGGAAAAGAUUCAGUCGACAAGUGCCACCAGUGAUGUUUCUCCAACUCCCGUUUCACUCCGUUUACUACAGUAUUUUUACAGCGCUGAUGUAAACCGCCUGAUGAAAACGUUCAGGAAUGAGUCACAUGCACCAUAAAUGCGAAUGUUUUUAUUUUGUCCAGUACAACAAUUUUGUUCACAUUCGCUGGACGAAGACACAUGCCGUUCGAUUUGAUCUGAGCUUUACAUCACGUGCUAGGAGUGCAUGUGGUGAUACGUAACAUCAAUCUUUUCUGAAGUAAUGCUAGAUAAAUAUCUGUUGAAAAUAUACUUAUGUAGUGCUAUAAACACAACAGUCGUAACCAGUCAGACCCUUUUCUAGUUAAACUAUGACGUGUAUAAAGUAAAUAUAGAUUAAACCUUACUAAUUUAACCAGUCAGGAGCAGUGAAAAACAGAUGUUUAUUAUGCUGCUGGCCCUUUAAAACGGCAGUCCGUAGGAUUGGCCUCUUUGUCGCCAUCUCAGUUUGUAAUUGCUACUACAGGUGAUGUGAGGAGAUAUAUCUUUACGUGAGUUGUGAUUCGGCACUGCUCAACUGCGCGGAUGAGUCUGAUGUUUUGAGUCGUGACUGUACACCGGUGAGAAUCUUCACUGUACAUCAGUAGUGCAUAAUAAACACCAGGGGCAUCGCACCCGUUUUUAACACCCACACUUUUCCCGGUGAGAGGGUUCAACACCCGCACUUUUUCCGCAGUUUUGCACAAACGCCUUACAGCAGUCGCUCCUCCGUUUCUCUGGCCGCUCUGUGACUGCGCUCGCUGCGGCUGCCUCCUCUCCCCUCCCUCUCAAACAUGACACCGGCUUUGAGUGUGACCGGCUGAUGAUUGGCUGUUCUGCCUUAAGUCCCGCCUCUCUUGGUGUGUUAGAUUUAUCGGUCAGCUCGUGCUGAGGAGGCGGGAACUUAUGGUUAUGGUUAUUUACAUCUCCCUGCAUACCUGUUGAAGAACUAUGACAGAAAAGUGUUUAUUAUUUUAAUGUUUAAAAACAGUACAUUGUUACAUUAUUUAUACCACCAAAGAAAACGCUUUGUGUGGGCGUUUUUUUUUAUAUAUCUCCCCUUUUCACGGCGCAAGUAAGCAAGAUUUAGCAGUCACAAUCCUGUCAGACCCAUGUCACUAUCAAGCUUACCACCGAGUGUGUUUUUAUACUUAAAUGUCUGACCUCUGUGCUUGCCAACAAGGGUUUCUCCACAAAGUACAAAGUUAUGUUUUGCUCGGGGAUCAAAUACUUAUUUCACUGACUGAAAUGCAAAUCAAUUUAUAACUGUUUAAAGAUUUAAUUUCCGCAUAAAUAAAUACAAGCCCACAAAAUCAAGAAUUGUUGAAGUGUUAAGCUCACUUUACAUUACUGGCUAUAGGGUAGGACGAAGGGAUGCCUUCUGGCUAUUCAUGGGAGGAGGGGAUUCUUUCUAAGCUAAACAUUCUUUGUCCGAACUGCUAUACCUUAUUUGGUCAUUCUGUGAGUCCCUGGACAUAUGAAACCUGCCAGAUGUCUUUUGGCACCGUAUAUAAAGACUUGUAGUUUCUAAAAUAAAUGAGUUCAAAAGCUUGA